AUGCUUGAAGAUGCCACAUCUCGAGCACCCAUCCAGGACCUCUCUUCCUUUAUGAAAAGUCAAGGAGAGGGCAGUUCAAGUCUCGGACAGUCCCAUUCGAGUGAUAAUGAUUAUUCUGACUCAGAGGACAACGAAGCUGAGGAGCCUGAAGACGAUGAGGAUAACGGAGAUGAGCGAAUGCAAAAGCGUCCUAGAACAGAAAGCCCUGAACCUCACGAACAACCUUUGCUGGGGCAUCCCUUCCUCCGAGGAGACUCGCCUGAGAUCGACGUGUCUCCUACUGCCUCGCAGAUGGGCUCCCCACCCCACCUCCACGAUGUCCCCUCAGUCCGCAAUGAUGACGAAGAUAGAAUUUCAUCAUCUUCCACAUCUUCGUCGUCCUCCUCUUCGUCAUCCAAACAGCCCCAAGAGAUUCACAACCCUGAUGCGUGGAUGCGAGAGCAAAGGGAGCACGAAGAGGGGGCAGUGAGUGUCAAUCCUGCAUCUAAUGAUGGCGAUGACACUCCUGUUCUGGAACCAGUUCAGCCACCCCUCCCAUUUUGUGGUGAACUUCCUGAGGAGGCAGAAAUCCCACCAUCACGCAUCGACCACAUCGAAAUCGUCAACCAAUUUAUUCGUGACAUCCGUGGCGCAACAUUGGAAGGCAGUGGUCUUCCUGAUCAUGUUAUCGAUGCAUUGACGAACCCCCAACUACCUGAUAACGGUGUCGAUGAAGAUGACCCCCAGUUUCAGUCUCAACUGACAAAUGAAGAUGAACGAUUUCAACUUGACGUGUACCUUGCAACGAGUAGCGCGUCAGAAAGUGUGUACAAUGGAGUUGCUUCUGCUCAUAACCGCCGCUAUCCCAAUACUCCCUUGAAGUCCCUGUAUCUUGCCCGCCAGCACGUCGAGAUGGUGACAGGGGUUGCUGCGAUCGAGGACGACAUGUGCAUCAAUUCGUGUCUCGCCUUUGUUGGUCCUUUCAAGGAUCAUACUACUUGCCCGACAUGCGGUGAGUCACGCACAAAGCUCGAUGACAAGAACCGACCCAUUCCUCGUCGAAAGGCCACUACGCUACCACUCGGACCACAGCUCCAGGCCGUCAUUCGGUCUGAGCUUGGUUCAAAACUCCUGCAAUACCGCCACUCAAAGACACUGCAAGUUCUAGCGCGUCUCUCUAGUAACCGAACAGAGGAAGACAAGCUGAAGGACGUCUACGACGAUAUUUUUUGCAGCCAGGACUAUAUUGACCUCUACAAGAAGGAGAAGCUGACCGAGGACGACAUUCUUGUUGGGUUUUCCAUUGAUGGUGCCCAGCUGUACCAGAAAAAGGAAUCGGACACGUGGAUAGCGGUGUGGGUAGUGCAGAAUUACGACCCCAAGGUCCGCUUCAAACGCAAGUACGUCCUCCCAGCACUCGUCGUUCCUGGACCCAAGAAGCCCAAGAACAUCGAUUCCUUCAUGUACCGCGGCUUCCACCAUCUCUCAGCACUCCAGCGUAUGAAUGACGGCAAUGGAAUGAGAGCUUACAACGCGCAAAAGAAGGCUAUCACCCAGUCACGCAUUUUCUUAUAUCUAGGGACCGCCGAUGCUGUAGCGUUGACUGAGAUCGAUGGAAGGGUGGGACACCACGGGGCAAAUGGGUGCCGCAUUGGCUGCCCGAUGAAAGGGAGGCAUAAACCCAAUGCUGGCCACUACUACGCUGCUCACAGCCUCCCAAACAACUAUACCGUGGCGACCUGCCAGCAUCCCGACGUCAACGUUGCAACACUCGACACUCCAACUCCCGAAAUCUAUAAACAGAACCUACAACUAGUCACGCAAACUCAUACACAAACCGCCUUCGAGGAAGCACGACUCAAAACCGGCAUCAGCAAGCCCUCCAUUCUUUCGGGCCUCAAAUACCUCCUUCCUAUUCCCAGAUGCUUUUCUGUCGAUCUCAUGCACCUCCUUUUCAUCAACUGUGGUGAGCUUCUGAUCCCAUUAUGGCGCGGUACACUCUCACACGACAAAACGGAUCAUCCCUCCACUUGGCCAUGGCGAUGUCUGGUUGACGACACCUGGAUCCAACACGGGAAAUUGGUUGCAGCGGCAACAAAAUACUUUCCAACUCUAUUCCAUCGCCCACCACGGAACCCUGCAGAGAAGAUCAACAGUGGGUACAAAGCCACUGAAUACUAUCUCUAUAUCUUUGGCCUUGGCCCCGCAUUCUUCAGAACCAUCCUCCCAGCGGACUAUUGGUCGAAUUUCUGUUCCCUAGUGCGCGGCGUUCGAAUAAUUACGGGAAGGAGUAUCACUGCCAAACAGCUAUUCGAAGCUCACCAUCACUUUGUCCAAUUUGUCAAGGGCUACGAACUCCUUUACUACCAACGCCGUGUCGACCGCCUCCACUUCUGCCGUCCGUGGAUCCAUACCCUUCUCCACACUGUCUCUGAGACCAUGCGUGUCGGUCCCGGGACGUACUACACCCAAUUCACUACCGAACGUGCUAUUGGGUAUCUGGGAGGAGAGAUUCGCCAGAGCGCAGACCCCUUUGCUAACCUGGCAAGGAUAGCGGAGAGGCAGGCACAACAGAACGCGUUGAAGGUGAUCUAUCCCGAGCUCGACCCUCCUAAACCUCUCCCACGAGGGGCUUCCAAUAUUGGGAAUGGUUACAUUCUCUUACCUCCACGCUCAAGGACUGUUGAUGUUCUAGCAGGGGCCGUGGGCGCUUUACUGAGGGAUGAGUAUGGGAGCGACACUCUGCGUAUUUGGGGAAAGCUAUGGAUUCCGCAAGGCCACAAGGUCAGAAGUCUUUACUCCGAGCGCAAGUCUAAAAGGGAAAAUACUCGGAUUUCACGAAAUGCGAUUAUUCGCAUUGACAACAGCAAACGAUUUGCGGAGGUGCAAUUUUACUUCCUUGCAGAUGAGAAGAAUCUUUCCACUGCAAAGGCUGUCGUCUCCCUUUAUUCUGAACCAAACCACGAACUUUUGGAACAGUCAAAGAACACUCUGUAUGCCUGCUCCUAUCAUGGGCCUCACUCCCUACGGAUUAUCCCUAUCUCCUCCAUCAUUUCGCUCAUCUCUAUGCAACCCAUGCCAGCGCAUCCGGGGGAGCGAGACGAUUUGUGGUUCCCAGUCGAGAAGUCGGGAUUGGAGGAUGGGGAGAUUACAGGGUACACCGAUGAUCUUUACGACGAGUCUGAUAAUGAAGAUGAAGACUAA